AAGCUAAAAAAAAAAGUAGAAAACUUCAUUCACCCUUGAUCACGUUUUAGUGGAUUCCUUAAGGGCUGAGUGGAUACCGUUGCUUCAGCAUUUAUGCGUGCAAUAAUUACUAAAAUUAGGCUUGUGUUGUCUCCUUUAUUAUCCAGCAACCCAUUGAAUCCAUAUUAAAUUUCUGCAGCCUUUUCCGUUCUAUAUCUUUAAAACUUGCGUGCAUUCAAAAAGACUUACUGGGAGACCUGUAGUCGUGGGGGCCUGGGGGUCCUAAUUGCACCCGUUCCAAAAAGUUCAAAACAAAACUGACACCUUAUAUUUAUCGUCGAAAACAGAAGUUUAAAAAAAACUCUUUAGGGAAAAACCUGAGUCCCUCUGUGUGGUUGAAAUCUGACACUUUAAGGGCUGCGGUGUCAGUGAGCGGAGAGGGCGAGAAGAUUUUAUAGCUGGGUGUCAGUGCCUACCUUCACUGCUGAGGUGCACGUCCGUCCGUCGAGUAGCUGGGGAUUCACCGCACGAAGUGCUUCCAAAGUGAAUUCUCGUGAGCAUGAACAUCCUGCAAGUCCUGGGGCUCCUGCAGCUGCUGGCUGUGCCGGCUUUCACACUAACACGGCCUUCCCAAGACUACUGGGGAGAGUUUGGAGCCUAUGGGCCCUGCAGCCGUACCUGUGGGACAGGGGUGUCAAUGAGGACCAGGAGAUGCAUCACCUCAAGGACAGAUGGUGGAUAUAACUGCGUGGGAUCCUCCAAGUCCUUCCGUACCUGCAACACACAAGAAUGUCCGGUCGGGUCAAAAGACGCCAGAGAAGAGCAGUGCUCAGAGUUUGACCGAACGGACUUCCAAGGGAAACGCUACUCGUGGGUGCCUUAUUAUGGAGCAACGAAUCCGUGUGAGCUGAACUGCGUCCCAAGAGGAGAAAACUUCUACUACCGAUUCAGGCCUGCGGUCAUAGAUGGGACACCGUGCUACGUGGGCCGCACUGAUAUCUGUGUGGAUGGCGUCUGCAGGGUACUGGUCCACGGUGAGUUCAUGGGCUUGGACGACGACGUCAACUCCGUGCACUCCGCCGCCCCCGUCGCCGUUGCCCCUCACCCGCGGGAGAGGCUCACGUACAUCUACAAGACCGGCGUCUAUGGCGAGUGCUCGGCCACCUGCAACGGGGGCAUGCAGUACCGCAGCGUCGAGUGCUGGGUUCAGGACCCGGUGAACCCCCGCAUGGUGGAUGAGUCCUACUGCGUCACCCAGCGCCUGCAGAGGCCUAACAGUCAGCAGGCCUGCAACAUGCACCCGUGCGCUGCAGAGUACAGUGUCUCCAGCUUCAGCGUGUGCUCAGUGACGUGUGGCGAGGGACAGCAGACGCGGGAGGUUGUCUGCGUGGGACCAGGAGGUGAACAUAUGCCCGACCGCGCCUGCAGCGGACAGGCGAGACCUGCGUCGGUCCAGACCUGCCGCAGACCCGCCUGCCACACGCACAUCACCUGGCAUGUGACCGAGUACGGGCUGUGCACUAAAAGCUGUGGCGGUGGCGUGAGGGAGAGGAGGGUCAGCUGCUUCGACACGGACCUGAACCCCUACCCCGAGACUCAGUGCGGAUUAGCGAGCAGGCCCGUUUCCGUGGAGGGAUGCAACACGCAGGCCUGCCCUGGAGCGCAAACGGUUCCGAGUGUGCAGGACCCCAGAGCAACUGGGACCAUCACCAGAGGAUACGUGCCCCACGUUCCAGUAGACACUUCAGCUGUUAGGCCAGAGACUAAUGUUCCACUGGAUCCCUACCCUUCUGUGCUGGGUCCCCACUGCGUCCAGUCAUUUUACGGCUGCUGUCCCGACGGCCACACCUCCGCGUCGGGACCCAGGAAUGAGGGCUGCCCACGAGAUGACUGCGUUCGCAGCAGGUUCGGUUGUUGUUUGGAUGGAGUGACACCGGCUCAAGGCUUUGGCAGGGUUGGAUGUCCUGAGUACCAGGCAACUGCGGUCCCAUCACCCCGCGCUCCCGCGGCUGGUGGCAGCGUCUGCUCGCUGCCUCGCGAUGAGGGCCCCUGCGACACUUGGAAGGUCCGUUUCUACUAUGACUCCCGCGCUGCCAAGUGCACCGAGUUCUGGUAUGGAAGCUGCCAGGGCAACGGCAACAACUUUGCAACCCUGGAGGCGUGCCAGAGAGAGUGUGGGGGACCCACACCUCGCAGAGGGACCCCGAGGACAGGGCUGAGGGCUGUUCUGAGAGCAAGGGCAUAACCGCGCUUACCACUAAUACCUCCCGUCCAUUACAUUGAAUAUUGCAAAUCACAUGAUAUUUAUACACCGAUCAGCCACAACAUUAAAACCACUGACAGGAUAAGUGCCCCUCCCCUCCACCCAUAGGACCCACUGUCCACAGGACACCCUCAGAAGGCCUAUGUCCAUACUCUGAUGAGGCACAAGGGAGGCCUACACAAUAUUAGUAAGGUGGUCGUAAUGUUAUGUCUGAUCGGUGUACAUGUUGCACAUAUUUACAUAUAUAUGGAAUCACACGCAAACAUGCAGUGUAAAAGAAUCGACAUUCUGUUUGUCAUUUAAACAAUUGAAUUUACAUUAAAAAUGACUUUUAACCAUUA